AUGCCCAUGGUGGCCCUGGGGGUCCGGCCCCCAGGGCAGGGCAUCGCCUCCAUCUGCUGCCGCUACUGCCAUGUCCCCCGUCUCCCCGAGGCCCGCCGGCUCAGCCUCUCCAGCCAGCUGUGCUGGGCCCCCGUGGACACCCAGCCCAUCUCCAAGAUGCCAUCCCCGCCCCCUGAGAAGCUUCCUAAGGAGCUGGACAUCAGCACGGUCAUGGCAGCCUUCCUGCCUGCCGGCCUCAGUGCACUUGUACCCUCGGAGACCUACGCCCUGCCCAUGAGCGGCUGGGAGCCCCAGCUGGGGACGUCAUUCCCCCCAGGCCCUUGUAACAGCUCCCUGGGCACGCAGGCCAGGGCUGAGCCACCCGGGCAGGGCCCCAAGAACCCACAUGUGUCCGGUGUGACGGUUCAGCUGGAGAUGAAGCCGCUGUGGGAAGAGUUCCACCGGCUGGGCACGGAGAUGAUCGUCACCAAGGCGGGCAGGAGGAUGUUCCCCACCUUCCAGGUGAAGAUCCAGGGCAUGGACCCGCUGGCCGACUAUGCCCUGCUCAUGGACUUCCUCCCACUGGACAACAAGAGAUACAGGUACGCCUUCCACAGCUCAGCCUGGCUGGUGGCGGGCAAGGCGGACCCGGCCACCCCGGGCCGUGUGCACUUCCACCCAGACUCCCCGGCCAAGGGCACCCAGUGGAUGCGCCAGAUCGUGUCCUUCGACAAGCUCAAGCUCACCAACAACCUGCUGGACGACAAUGGCCACAUCAUUCUCAACUCCAUGCACCGCUACCAGCCGCGUCUCCACGUGGUGUUCGUGGACCGGCGCAGGGACAGCGCGCGCUACGCCCAGCAGAACUUCAAGUCCUUCGUGUUCACGGAGACGCAGUUCACGGCCGUGACGGCGUACCAGAACCACCGGAUCACCCAGCUGAAGAUCGCCAGCAACCCUUUCGCCAAGGGCUUCAGAGACAGCGACGCCGACUCCUGGCCCGUGGCCCCCCGGCCCCUGCUCAGUGUCCCGAGCCUCAGGUCCAGCCUGCUGAGGGGCCCUGCGCAGCGGGACAAGGACCCCAACAAACACUCAGCCUCUGCCUCUGGGACCUCGGCCCGGCUCCACCAGCAGCUACUGCCCUCCCCCGAGGCCCCGCUGGCCCCGGCCGCCCACAGGCCUCUGGCCUACCAGGAACUGUGCCCCGGAGCCCCAGGCCGGCUCAAGAUCUCGGGAGCCCGCCCAGCGCCGUACCCCCUCCCGGGCAUCCCGGCCAGGGCUCGGGGAGGCCUGCCCCUCCCGGCGGGGCUGGGGCUCCUGUCCCCCAGCGCCCUGUGCCUGGGGCCUGGCCAGGGCGCCCAGUGA